AUGCAGGUCGACAGCAAGUUGGAGCCUGCCACUGCUCAAACAACUCCUCAGGCGGCACAAGAGCAUGCUUCCCCCGAUCACAUACAUAGCUUCGACAAAGCGACAAAUGUGAAGCGCCUGGAGUCAGCGCCAGAGUCCCUAGCAGCUAUCGCUUCUGCCAAGCCUACCGACUCCACAGCAUGGUACCAGGUCAAUAUUCUGCCCGAGUGGAGCACUACUUCUCAAAUGCCGCACGGCGGUUUCCUUGCAUCUUUGCUCCUCGCUGCUCUCCUCCAGCAUCAAUCGACCAGUCAGCAUCCCGAUCCAUAUACCUUGACUUACGACUUCGUCAAAGUGCUAUCACCUGGCGAGGCUUUCAUCGCUGUCACUAAUCUUCAAAAGUUAUCCGGUAACUUUACCUCUGUCGUUGCCGACUUGUACCAAAGCCGAAAAGGAAAAGCGCUGCAGGGUGUCUCAGUACGUGGCACCUUUGCCGAUCGAUCCAAGCAGACGGGUCCCACGGUUGCGCCGCUUCAUUAUGGACCCAUUACGAGGCUUGAGGACACUCCCGUUCCUCAUCCUGUCUCAUGGUACCUGCCUCCCGACCAGCUCUUGAUUACUCGCAACGCGGACAUGCUGACACAACUCGAAACCCAGAGGCGUCCUUUCACCGAUUACUACCUUCGCUUCCAUCCUGACGAUAUCGAUACACCACAGCAAGAAGACUUCUCUGAGGACCACGCUACUCGCCCUGCUCCCUCAGAUAAUUACUACUGCAAGGGUAGCCGAAUCCUUCCUCUGCGAUCUUCCAACGCGCGGAGGAUCGACAUCAAGAGCAUUCCGAUGUUUGGAGACUAUCGCAGACCGGCGUACGAGAACGUAAUCAAGAAAGACGCAACACAUCCACGCGAUGUUCCUACUAGAAAGUGGGCUUUCCCGACACUCCAAUACACCGUCCGUUUCUUGGCGAAGAUUCCGGAGGACACCGAGUGGGUCUCGGUGCAGUGUCGGGAGACCAUCUUGGAUGGAAGGAUCGUGUCGGACGUCCUCAUGUCUACUGAAAAGGAGAGGCUCCCGAUUGCAGUCUGCCAGAUUGACUCAAUCAUGUUUGACAUGAGGUGGUAUCUGGCGUCUCUCGCACCCCGCGCAAAGCCACCGCAGAGUGCUGAGCCUUCGCAGCUUUGA